CAUAUCGAAAUGGCAAGAACCAAGCAGACCGCCCGUAAAUCCACCGGAGGCAAGGCUCCCAGGAAGCAGCUGGCCACCAAGGCUGCCCGUAAGAGCGCCCCAGCCACCGGCGGCGUGAAGAAGCCCCAUCGCUACAGGCCCGGUACCGUGGCUCUGAGGGAGAUCCGCCGCUACCAGAAGUCCACCGAGCUGCUGAUCCGCAAGCUGCCCUUCCAGCGCCUGGUGAGGGAGAUCGCUCAGGACUUCAAGACCGACCUGCGCUUCCAGAGCUCCGCCGUCAUGGCGCUGCAGGAGUCCAGCGAGGCUUACCUGGUCGGCCUGUUCGAGGACACCAACCUGUGCGCCAUCCACGCCAAGAGGGUCACCAUCAUGCCCAAGGACAUCCAGCUGGCCCGCCGCAUCCGCGGAGAGCGCGCCUAAACCUACCCUACGACUAGUGCACCACCAAGGGGCGGCUUUAGCUCAGUGGGGUAAGAGGGCCGUCCUGCAACCGCAAGGUUGUGGGUUCGAUCCCCGCUCUCCCCAUUAGUUGCAAGUCGAAGUGUCCUUGAGCAAGGCACUGAACCCCCAGUUGCUUCCCGGGCGCUUCACCGCAGCCCACUGCUCCUUAAUAAAUAAGGAUGGGUUAAAUGCAGAGAACUAAUUUCCCCUUGGGGAUUAAUAAAAGUGUAUAUUCGUGUAUAUUCAUUCGUGUAUAUUCAUAGUCACUCUCAUGCAAUAUACAUUCAUUCUUGCCAUUUACAUUUGCAUAGAGUAAACAUUACCCCUAUGCUUCAUAAUACAUUAAUAACAAUAUUCUCCUUAAUAUUGUCUAUUCUAAUAUCUUUCUAUAUGUAUUAAUUUAAAACAUAAGACCUCUGCAGAUGUUAUCAAAAUAAAC